AUGAGCGUACAUACCGGAGCUAAGAAAACUUCUCCUUUGGAAAUGAAGCUGUCUGGAGAAAUUCCAUGUCAAGUCUUCAGUUCUCUACCCUCCAAACCUGAUUUGCUUAAGGAAAUAGAUAUAUUGAUAGAAUGUUAUCUUACUGAAGAAUAUAGACAGAGCGUUGAUAUGAAUUUACCAUGUAGCAAUCAGAAGCCUAUGUUUGACUACCCUGUAUAUUUAGAAACAUUGAAUUAUUUUAAGUUGUUCUACUUGGUUACGAGAUGGAUAAAAUCGCAGCCGGAAAUUGAUGAUGUCAAAAUGAGGACAGGGCGAAGGCGUUUGGUUCAUGCGAUAUUGAGAGUUUAUGCUCGUUCUCACGUACAGAAAAGAAUAGAACUAAUUUUUACUGCGUGGAUGGAAGACAGGGGAACUGAUGAUGAACAACGUCCGUUUGCUGUAAUGCUUGAGCAAAAUGAACUAGAUGAAUUGAUUGUGCAACCGCCGCCUGGACUUAAUAGAUUUUUCGCUGUAAUUAAUGCUGGCAUAAUGCCACAGUCAAAGACAUUAAGACUAAUGGAGUUUCGUAGUAUUAAUUUUGCAACAUAUGAAAAGCCAUUUGGAGCUUUACAAAAGUGUACGAGCAUUGAAAUCAGUAAUAAUAAGGGAUUGCCAGCUUUGGACGAAUGGGCAAUGAAAAAUGCGGGGGUAAUAUUAGCACUUACUGAAAAGCCAAAAUCAAAGAUUAGCGAGCCAGUCACUCAUGCAAGUUACCCAUCACAAACAACUACAUAG